AGAGAGAACAAAACUGAAAAUGAAGCCAAUUUUAUAGACAAUGAAAACAUCCCAGUGACACUUGAAUAACUUUUGUAUUGCUUUUCUAAACUGUUUUUAAAAUUUACUUUCAAUUUUGUCUUUUGGUCAUAAUAAGUUAUGAAAACAGCAACUGAGCUAUAAAAUGAGAGUCUGCUUUGUUGGAUAAUCAAAAGAAGCAAUGUCUUUCUUUUCUUUAUCAUUAUUAUUUCUUAUUGUUUCUCUCUCAUUUUCAGGAGCUCAUCUUCAUGUUAUUAAUGUGACUGAAGAGAAUGAGCUGGAGCAGUUCUUGUGCUACAAUGAUCCACCAGUAGUGGGGGACACUCUUGUAGUAUUAUAUACUAACAUCACUCAUUACAUUAGUGGAAAUGUAUCAUUCUGUAUGAUCAAUACUACCUACUCACUGAAUAUAACCAGUAAUUCAUCAGGACCAGCUACCAUUAACUGCAAUCAAACUGGUAACCACUUACCUUGGCCAACCACUGGAUUUUCCUUCAUUAAUGUACGCAACCUGACUCUACAAAGGUUAGUAUUUAGUGGUUGUGGUGGGUUUUUAAAGAACAGUUCAAUCAUUGAUGUCAUUAAUUCUACUGAUUAUCCAUUUCAUUUCACUCAAUAUCAAUCAGCUGUGUUACUAUUUCCACACAUUAAUAUUCUAUUAAUUGAAGAUGUUAACAUUACAUUUUAUUAUGGUUUUGCUAUACUAACCAUCAACCCAGUGAAUGCAACAAUAAAUAGCAUUGAAGUCUCUGGAGCUUAUGCUGCUUCAUUUUAUAAUCAUAGCAUUGGUAGCGGCAUCUUGUUAUACAUUACAGAUACUAGCAAAGCAAAGAGAGCAGUGCCUCUUCAUAUUACUAUUAGAAACACUGUAUUAAUAUUUAAUUCUGAGUAUAUAUCAACAGUUGACUGUCUUCAUGAUUUUCCUCAAACAGCCUCCAAGGAAUUUCCAGUCAUCAAUGCAGCUGGAUUAACAAUUCUCUACUCCCAAUUAAGCUUUCCAUGCAAUGUUUCAAUUUUAUCAUCUUAUUUUAUAACUAACAAUGGCACAACAGGUGGAGCAAUACUCAUUUUAUAUUACAAAACAAACAAUGUUAUAACAACAAUCAAAAACACAAAAUUUAGUGAUAGUACAAUUCACAAAAACAAUUGUGAAGCUUAUGGAGCAAGUUUGGCACUAGUAACACUAAAUCUUACAGGACAAAAUAACUCAUUAAUUGUUGAGAACAGCAAUUUUACAAAUUCAGGAAGGUAUUACACAGGUAGCAGUGGGGCAGUUUUUAUUGGAGUAUACAGACCAGUAUCAGCUAGUAGAAUUACUGUCUUUUUCAGUAAAACUAUAUUUCAUGGCAACAACAUUAUGACCACUGGGUCUUGCUUAUAUGCAAAAGUAUUUUUCAAUGACAGAGUUCAACUUGAAGUUCUGUCUAUCAUACUGAAGAAUGUGAAAGCAAAUAAAAACUUUCAGACAAGCAUUUUAAGUAUAAAUUCCAGAGCUGGAUUAUUUACUAUAGUAAAUGCUCAUGAGCUUAAUAUUACUGGAAUGAAUAGUUUUCAUGAUAACUACGGCUCUGUGUUUGAAAUCACUAACACAAGGAUUAAUCUUAAUGGUACAAUUGAUUUUGUGAAUAAUAAAGGAGAGAGGGGAUCUGCAUUCCAGCUUCAUGAUAACAGUCACUUUCAUUUUGCUAAUGGAUUAAGGCUCAGAUUCAAUAAUAAUACUGCUCUGACAAAAGGAGGUGCUAUAUAUUCAUAUGAUCAUUUAACAGACGAGUGCCUUUUCAAAACUCAGGAGAGCAUUCCUGUCAACAUCAGAGUGACAUUUAUUAAUAACAGUGCAUCAGAGUCUGGUAGCUCUAUUUACGCGAACAAUUUGUAUAAAUGCAUUGCUGCUGGUGAAUUUCGAAAGACAGCUCAGUCACUAUCUCUCUACAGUACCAUAUUUAAAUUUAUUUCUAAUUCCACGUUGAAUAACAUGUCCACUCCAGCAAAUGAAAUAAGAGUCUGUAAUGCAUCAAAUAUAAAACAAGUGUUUCCAGGCCAGGCUAUUAAACUCUACUUGUCUGCAAGCUACAAGGACAAUGAUCAAAACGUGGUUCAACGGGCUGUUGUAUCAUUUGCAAUUGGCGAAUUUAACGAGAAAAAACAUGCAUUUAAAAGUCUUCCAUCAUGGGAAGUAUCACCAAAAGACAUCAAUCAAGUUCUUCUCGAGAAUCAAAACUGUACUCUUACAACUAUCAGUUUCUUGAAAACAGGCACAGGACCUGUACCUCCUAAUUCACAUCUCCUCAUAGUGUCAACAAUGUAUGAUUCAUUCUCUAAAAUUAUUGAUUUGAAAUUAUUUAAUUGUCCCAUAGGAUUUGAUCUUAAACCAGCUGGCAUAUGUGACUGUUCCAAAAUUUGGGACAAAAUAAAUGUAACUCCAAAUUGCAACAUAAACCCAAAAAACUCAUCACUUCCUACAAUUGAAGUGCAAGGAAUGCAAUGGCUUGGGCUAAUGGAGCUGCCUAACAAAGGGACUGUAAUUGGAGUAGCAAGCACAUGUUUCUUAUAUUGCAGGAGAAGAAAGAGCUCUACUGUACUGGUUGUGAAUAGCACAAAUGUUGCAAUUCAGGAUCACAACAACACUUUGUCCUUAUGUAUUGGUAAUAGAGAGGGUCCUUUGUGUUCACAAUGUCCUCCUGGUUAUAGUGCAGUGUUUGGAUCUUAUGAAUGUAAGCAAUGCAGUAACUGGUGGCUAUUCACACUAAUAACAUAUGCAGUGUCUGGUCCUAUUCUCAUUUACUUGUUGUAUGUUCUCAAACUGACACUAACUACUGGUAGUCUAAAUGGUAUCAUAUUCUGUGGGCAAUUGUUUGCAGUUAUAGAUGUUCCACCUUCAAAUUACAGCUAUUCAAAUGCAAUCUUGGACUGCUUCCUUCUUAUCAAAUUCCCAUUUAAAGUUUGCUUGUACAAUGGAAUGACAGAAAUUGGAAAACUAGGAAUCAGUAUGCUCUAUCCAGUGUACAUUAUCCUGUUAGUGCUCAUUCUGAUAUUACUCAGUCGCUAUUCAGUUAGACUCUCAAACAGAAUAUCUGAUUCAUCAGUACAAGUACUGGUUACUGUAGUACACCUCUCAUUCUCCAAGUUACUUAUUAUCAUUAUGAGUGUGUUCACACCAAUCAAUAUAUACACUAACACAACUGAGGUCCGUCGAGUUUGGUUUAGAGAUGCUACAGUUGAGUAUGGAACACAUGGUCAUCUAGUACUAAUGAUCAUUACAUCACUGGUAGUUGGUCCUAUAUUAGGUGUAUACAUGACUGUAUUAUUAGCUGGUAGGCCACUAAUGAGGAUCAAUUAUAAGAUCAGAGAAUAUAUACGUCCUGUAUAUGAAGCUAUACAUGCUCCUUACAAAAGAAACAAGGAAUUCUUUUUCGUUUCACGACUGCUAAUUGUACUUUUUAUUUAUUUUCUGUAUGAUACGGUAAGAGGAAGGGACUUCUUUUUAGGCUUUGCAAUAGCAGUGCCAAUACUCACUACAUACACAGCACUUGAAGGAUUGUGCAGGCCAUUCAAAAAAAUGUCACUAAAUAUUUUUAAUUUUGUUCUUCUUUCAGUAACAUCAGUUGUAUAUGGCUCAAGCUGGUACUUUAUCAAGAAAGGACAAGACCAAGGUGUCAUUAUACUCAUGACAAUUUUGAAUUUGGUAACUACAGGUUCACUAAUUGGAAUAACUGUUGCUCGCUUGCCAUGGGUAAAUACUUUAUUGAAAAAUAUAAUUAAUAAGAUUAAAAAUUGCUGGUUUUGUCAAUCGCAGCAGAAACAGGAAGAGUUCUCACAUAUGAGUGGAUCAUUCUUUGAACCUUACGACAGAGUGAGGGAACCACUUCUCUCCUCACAACAUAUUCAAUAUCAUUAAUAAUAAUGCUGA